UCUCCAUAAUCAAAUGGGUGACAUAAGCUGUUGUUCAUAAGCUAAGCUUGUGUAGAUGAAAAUGACAAUCAAAUUGCAAUAAGCUAAGCUUUUUGUGAUUAAAACCAAUGAAGUAAGAUCUUUUUCAAACUGUGAAAUGAAUUUCAGUUGCUUCGAAUGUUAAGGCUCUACACCCGUUUCUCUCGUACUUGAAGUUAGUUCGAUACCUCUCUGAGAGUCACAUUUUUUUGUUUGUCAAAGGUUUGUCUUACUCUCUUUCUACUUUUUGUCACUAUAAAUCUCACCAUCUCUCUAAAUUUUUUUUCCAUCCAUUCAAAUUAUAAUAAAAUUGUGAAACCCCAUAUCCCUCAAGACUUCCAUUUCAUUUACACAAAAACCCAAAACCUCAGAUUUUUCACCUAGUCUAGAGAAAUAAAAAAGCUCAAAUUUGUUGAAGGAAGCCAUAAAUGGCAGGAGGAGGAGAGGGUGAUGCAGAUUCAUUAGAAUACACACCAACAUGGAUUGUUGCGUUAGUUUGUUCAAUCAUUGUAUUCAUCUCUCUUCUUGCUGAAAGACUUCUUCAUUCACUUGGAAAGCAUUUGAAGAGGAAAAAUCAAAGGCCUCUUUUUGAAGCUUUACUGAAAAUCAAAGAAGAAUUGAUGCUUUUAGGAUUCAUUUCAUUGCUACUGACUGUAUUUCAAACCACAAUAUCUAAAAUCUGCAUACGUGAGAGUUGGACUAAUCAUCUACUUCCCUGUAAUAAGCCCGAGUUUAAAAAAGUAGCUCAUAUUGGUAGAAAGCUUCUUGCAUCAGGAGGCACUAAUGAAUACUGCAUUAAAAAGGGAAAGGUCCCAUUGCUGUCUCUCGAGGCAUUGCAUCAAUUGCAUAUAUUUAUCUUUGUAUUGGCUAUUGUCCAUAUCACAUUUUGUGUUCUCACUAUUCUUUUCAGCGGUAUGAAGAUACGUACCUGGAAACGCUGGGAGGAUUCUAAUGCGAAAGAUCAGUAUGAUACAGUAAAGCAUCUGAACAAGAUCACACAUGUUCAACAAAAUGCUUUUGUCAAGGACCAUUUUCUUAUUUGUGGGAGAGAUUCUGCAGUACUAAGAUGGUUGGUUUCAUUCUUCAAGCAAUUUUAUGUGUCUGUCACCAAAUUAGACUAUAUCACACUGCGCCUCGGUUUCAUUACGACCCAUUGCAGGGGAAACCCCAAAUUUGAUUUUCACAAGUACAUGGUUCGAGCUCUUGAAGCUGAUUUUAAGAAGGUUGUCGGCAUAAGUUGGCAUCUUUGGGUAUUCGUGGUCAUUUUCUUGUUUCUCAAUGUAAAAGGGUGGAAUACAUAUUUCUGGAUCUCUUUCGUCCCCCUCUUUUUGCUACUUGCGGUUGGAGCAAAGCUGCAGCACGUUAUAACUGAAUUGGCUCAUGAAGUUGCUGAGAAACAUGUUGCCGUAGAAGGAGACUUGGUUGUUAAGCCCUCAGAUGAGCUCUUCUGGUUCAACCGCCCCCGUAUUAUUCUCUUCUUGAUUCAUUUCAUCCUCUUCCAGAAUGCUUUUGAAAUUGCAUUUUUCUUCUGGAUAUGGGUUGAAUUCGGGUUCAACUCUUGCAUAAUGGGACAAGUUCACUACAUCAUCCCAAGACUUGUUAUCGGGGUCUUUAUUCAAGUACUCUGCAGUUACAGUACCUUGCCUCUUUACGCCAUCGUAGCUCAGAUGGGAAGUUCAUUCAACAAGGCUAUAUUCGAUGAGCAUGUACAAGUAGGAUUGGUCGGCUGGGCAGAGAAAGCAAGGAAGAGAGGUUCGCGAUCAGCAGCUGCAGAUGGCUCACCUCAAGGUAAUUCUUCUACCGCACAUAUUCUAAUGGGCCGGAUGGGACAACAACAAGAAACCACAAAUGAAGACGGUGAUAUCGCACUGAUCAGCCCGAAAACGCGGCGGGGUGAACCAUAAUUUUGAGAUUGACAAAUCAACCUAGUUAAUUGAGUCUUUUCAAUUGGUGAAAAUCAUUUCUUAUACAUUUACACGUUAAAAGUGAAAUAUAGUUUGCAAAGUGUAUAUCAUUAAUUUUUGAAGUACUGAUAAAUGUGUGAGUUUUGGUGUAUAAAUUUAGCAAUUGUGGUCGGUGUCUUUGGAUAGGA